UGGAGUCACACUGCUGCCAGAAAAGAGAAGUGAAAGACAAUCGCCGUGCUGCCAUCCGAAGCUGGUAGGAGCAGCCGCAGAGACGGCGAACGCACAGACCGCGCCCACCGCCAGAAACCCCACAAAACAGCAAUCUACCCCCGAAGACUCCAAACCUAUUGGGUUGGGAAAACCAAGGAGGAUCUGACUAGAGAAUAGGACACACCUACACGAAACUAAGAAACGACUAAGCGCAAUAGGCUAAGGUCUGGAGAAUGCGGGGAGCGCCACAACUCAAACCACGCGUUAGGUGCUUUUCAAAAACCCGGGACCUAAACAAACCUGCAUGGCCCCGCCCAGAGUCCGUCACGUGAGGCCGCGGCGGCGGCGGUUCCGGCGGAGCGGGUGGGGCGGCUGCGACUCCUUCCUGUGGUGCGGCGGUAGACCCCCGGGCGGGCCUAUUCGGAACCCACAGCGGGUCCGCUCCAUUUGAGUUCCGGCGGAGCGGAGGCCGCCUGGCCGUAGCCAUGGCAGCGGGCUCAGAGGCGAGCUCUCCCCUUAGCCUGGAAGCUAGAGCUGCGGGGGACCAAGGUGAACAUGUCAAACCUUUUACCCCAGAGAAAGCAAAAGAAAUUAUAAUGUCUCUACAACAGCCCGCAAUCUUCUGUAACAUGGUUUUUGAUUGGCCGGCUCGACACUGGACUGCUAAAUACCUUUCUGAGGUCCUUCAUGGCAAGCAGAUAAGAUUCAGAAUGGGAAUGAAAACCAUAGACACAGUUCCCCAGUUUGAAACUGUUUGUAGUUUUGUGGAAGCUACACUUGAAGAAUUUCUGACCUGGAACUGUGACCAGUCUUGUGUUUUGGGACCAUUUAAAGAUUAUGAUCAUUCUAAAUUCUGGGCUUAUGCUGACUACAAAUAUUUGAUUAGUCUAUUUGAUGACAAGACAGAUGUUUUCCAGGACGUGAUAUGGUCUGAUUUUGGGUUUCCUGGAAGAAAUGGACAGGAAAGUACAUUGUGGAUCGGCUCCCUAGGAGCCCAUACUCCCUGUCAUCUGGACUCCUAUGGUUGCAACUUAGUAUUCCAGGUACAAGGAAGGAAAAGAUGGCAUCUCUUUCCUCCUGAAGAUACGCCUUUCCUUUAUCCAACUAGAAUUCCUUAUGAAGAAUCUAGUGUGUUCAGUAAAAUCAAUGUUGUCAAUCCUGAUUUAAAGCGUUUUCCUCAGUUCCAGAAAGCUCAAAGACAUAUGGUCACACUGAGCCCAGGACAGGUUCUGUUUGUUCCCAGACACUGGUGGCAUUACGUAGAAUCCAUUGAUCCUGUCACUGUCAGUAUAAACUCAUGGAUUGAACUGGAAGAGGACCAUCUAGCCCGGGUGGAAGAGGCCAUCACCCGCACACUCGUGUGCGCGCUGAAAACUGCAGAGGACCCGCAUGAUACCAGAGCUUGGUUAAACCCCACCGAGGUUGAGGAAACAUCCCACGAAGUCAAUUGUCACUACUUAAAUGGAGCUGUAGCUGCCUUUUUUGAUCAUUACAAAACAUCAAAGUUAGAAGAAAUUCAAGAACUGAUAACAAAUAAGGAGAAAAUGAAAAAGGAAGAUUUAAACAUGUGCAACCACCUGGAGGUGGAAGGAGCUUGUGGCCAGAGCAUAACUAUUGCAGCCAGAAAGCAGCAGGCAGCAAGUCUCUUUGGCCCUGAUCUGGUCCCUGUAUCGCUGAGUCCCAGAGAAACACCUUCAGAAGGAGGAGGCAUAUUUGAAAGCAAUAGCAAAGACUUUGUUGACAAAGAUGGACAACACUUUGCAAGACCGUAUUGUGCAGACAGGCAGCGGAUGAUGAGUAACAGUGAAAGUGCAGGGGUGGAACAAAUUGCUUCAAGAAGUGCCCCAGCCCCUUCUCAAACAUGUGUUUCUACAGAUGACUUGCUGGACUGCCUGGUGAAUCCACAAGUGACCAGAAUGGUGGCACAACUUUUGUUACAAGGGAAAAGCUUGUGAUCCUAAUAGAUGAUUUUUUUAAAUGCUAUUUUAAAGAUAUUUUUAAAUGCUAUGAUUUUAAAAUUUUAAAAAUGCAACAGCAAAAUUGUAACAUUUAUAAAUGUAAAUUGCACAUUUGUAAAUGUACUUAUUCUUACCAAUUAAAUUCAGUUCUUUCUUUCAUGCA